UCUCGGUACCGAGUCCGCUCUGUGGGGUUUGAGGGGCGGCGGGCCCGUGGUGCCUUCCCGGCCGGACUUCGGCGCCGGCCCCUCACCCCUGAGAAGGCCGGUCCGCUGAGGAGGAGCGGGGCCUUUUUUUCCAUCGCCGCCGCCACCCUCUGUGCCUUUGGAGCUCUCCCGGGAUUCCCCACAUUUCCCUAGGGUCGGGAGCCCGAGGGGCGCGCUCGGCUGACCGGCUCCUGCUCUUCAGCCUGUGCCACGAGCGGCAGCCGAGACCUCGUCAGACGUGACGGGCUGGGCCCAGCAACCCGCGUGCGGGACCGCCUCCCGUAGCCCCAAAUGCCCGGGCGGGAAGAGAGCCGUGAGGGUGUCUGCCUGGCGAGUGCGGCCAGAACACCGGUCACUUGUCUGUGCGCACGUUGCAAGGACCGUGUGUGAGUCUGGGAUAAUUUGACCUCCUGAGAUUCUGUCUUAGCAAGAAGAAAGUGGAACAUACUCUUGGAAAGAAAACUAAGACAUUAAGAAAGCCAGAACUUAUUUUUACAUGGUUGUCCACUCAGUUACCAAUAUGGACGGUUUUCCCACCAUUUUUCCUCCUGGUGGAGACAGUGAAUUGAAACAUUCUCAAACUGAGUUCCAAAAAAUGUUAAUUGAUGAACGAUUACGAUGUGAACAUCAUAAAAAUAAUUAUCAGACUCUGAAAAGUGAACAUGCAAGGUUGCAAAAUGAGUAUGUAAAUUCACAGAAUGAACUCAAGCGCCUAUUAAAGGAAAAGCAAACUCACCAGGAAAAGUUUCAGCUGCUGCUUGAAGAGGUACGAGGAGAAUUAGUAGCGAAAACUAAAGACUUAGAAGAGAUGAAGCUGCAGGUAUUAACUCCACAAAAGUUGGAAUUGUUACGAGCCCAAAUACAACAAGAGCUAGAAACUCCAAUGAGAGAACGUUUUAGGAAUCUAGAUGAAGAAGUGGAAAAGUAUAGAGCUGAAUAUAAUAAGCUUCGCUAUGAACAUACAUUUCUCAAAUCAGAAUUUGAACACCAGAAAGAAGAAUUUGCACGUAUUUUAGAAGAAAAAGAAAUAAAACACAAAUCAGAGAUUGCAAGAUUGGAGGAAGAUAAAGAGCUCCUUAACCAGUUGCACAGUGUCGAUCCCACAAGAGAGGGCAAACGAGUGGACCAGCUUGUUCGAGAAAAAACCCAUUUGAAUCAGAAAUUAAAAAGUUUAGAAGCUGAAGUAGCAGAAUUAAGAGCUGAAAAAGAGAAUUCUAGUGCUCAGGUGGAAAAUGCCCAAAGAAUUCAGGUGCGGCAGUUGGCUGAGAUGCAGGCUACAGUCAGAUCCCUGGAGGCUGAAAAACAGUCAGCUAAACUACAGGCUGAACGCUUGGAAAAAGAGCUACAAUCAAGCAAUGAACAAAACACUACGUUAAUUAGUAAAUUGCAUAAAGCUGAACGGGAAGUAAAUACAUUGGCCAAUAAAGUAAAGGAGCUUAAGCAUUCAAACAAACUAGAAAUAACAGACAUCAAACUGGAGGCAGCAAGAGCCAAGAGUGAGCUAGAAAGAGAAAGGAGUAAAAUUCAAAGUGAACUGGAUGGAUUACAGUCAGACAAUGAAAUUCUCAAAUCAGCUGUUGAACACCAUAAAGUGCUCUUAGUAGAAAAGGACCGUGAAUUAAUACGUAAAGUACAAGCUGCCAAAGAAGAAGGUUAUCAAAAACUUGUGGAAUUACAAGAUGAAAAGCUAGAACUUGAGAGCAGAUUAGCGGAUUUAGAGAAAAUGAAAGCGGAACAUGAUGUCUGGAGGCAGUCUGAAAAGGAUCAGUGUGAAGAGAAAUUGCGAUCUUCACAGAUGGCAGAAGAGUCGGCCAGAAGGGAACUACAGAGUAUUAGGUUAAAACUUCAACAACAAAUUGUAGAUAUUGAAAAUGCAGAAAAAGAAAAACAAGAAAAUGCUGACCUGAAACAGCAAAUCAGUGGUUUGCAGAUCCAAGUGACCUCACUGGCAAAGUCAGAAAAUGAGUUGCUGAAUUCAAACCAAAUAUUGAAGGAAAUGGUGGAGAGGUUAAAACAGGAAUGCCGAAAUUUAAGAAGCCAAGCUGAAAAAGCACAACUAGAAGUUGAAAAGGUAUUGGAAGAUAAGCAAAUACAGUGGUUGGAAGAAAAGCAUAAGCUUCAUGAACGUAUCACUGACAGAGAAGAAAAGUAUAAUCAAGCUAAAGAGAAAUUGCAGCGAGCUGCAAUUGCCCAAAAAAAGGCUAGGUGAGAUGGCUCACUGCCAUCUGACUGUAUUUGUUUACAACUCCAACCUCUUUAAGCACAAAGCUUAUGUCAUUUCUGGUAAGUGGCAUUACAUGAAGAUGUAAUGUUAAUGUGUAAUGAUAUUUUGUUGUGUUGAUUUGUUUGGAAAAGCUUAACCAGGUAUCUUAAGUUGGAAUGCCCUUCUGUAAUUGAUGACUUCUCUGUAUGUUUUCCUCACACAUUUCUUGAAGUGUGAGUAUGAAGAGCAGUCUCUUGGCAUGAGGACAAUGAUUUGUGCUUUUCCUUUUGAGGCACUUGAAUUAACUUGUGACUUUUAUUCUAAGGUAUAUGUCUUUGAAAUAAUUCUUGGUUAGAGGUUAUGAAUGGUUUAGAAAAAGAAAUGAACUGUAGUCUUAAAGUUGUAAAAUAUCUAUUGAAUAUGUUUUGUGGCCUGGCAUUAUGUUAUACACUGAGCAGAACAUAGAAGCCAUGAUUAAUUCCUGUCCUUGUUGACCAUAUAAUCUAACUGGAGAAAUAAAAUAACAUGCAAUACCUAAAGAAUCUAUUAGUCACUUCCAUGUGAUCUGUAUGGACACUAAAGUUUGAGAACCACUCUCCUAGAGAGAAGAAAGCUUGAAAGCAGCCUAGUUAGAAGGCUAUUACAGUAAUCUUAAAAUGAUGUAAGAGGUCUGGAAUUUGGGCUUGCAGUAUAGAAUGAAGGUGAAGGAUGACUCCUAAAAGUAUUCCAAAAGAAAAAAAAUUACUAUUACAGUGCUAAAUAAGAAAGAGGAAAAUAGGAAGUAUUUUAGCUAUGAGAGGAUAUAAGAGGAGUUGUCAUAAUGGAAUAAAGAGCAUUUGUCAGUUGGGUACAAAGAGAAGAUGUAUUUGACUAAACACAUGUCCAAUAUAAACUGAUAACAGUGCAUCCAUGUAGACAAGUCCUGGACUCUUAAGUGAAGAUAUUGUGUAGGUAACCAGAAAUAAUGGAACAUAAAGCAUGAAGAUCAGUAGUUCAGAAUAGAAAUGUAUAAUUAGGCCCUUCAAAUUUCAGGAAUGGCUGAAGAAUAAAAGGACUAUGAACUAAGUUGUCUGAGAAAGUAGCUGAUUUAGUAGAGGAAUGAUCAGAUGGUCAUAGACGUAGAAGCCAUAGUAUGUUGUCAUAUAAGCCACAGGAAAGAAAGAUAUCAAAGAUAAACGCUCAUAAUUGUUGAAAAGAGUUCAUUGAAUUUGGCUAGAAUGUGGUAAAAGGAAAACUUUAGCUUUGAAUCUUGCAUCAAUAUUCUUUUGAUUUGUCUUUUACUCUUUUGUGUUGUAAUGUUUAUAACACUAAGGCAUCCAUUUGAUUGUCCUGUGAUUGUAUCAGACUAAAAUCAAAAUUAAAACCAUUUCUUACAGCCACUUUCCCCUCUGGGCUUUGAUUUCUUUCAGUGGAGCACCAUUCUUCCAAUCACUUAUGCUUCAAACCUGUGGUUCAGCCUGAGGGCUCCCUUUUCCCGCAUCUAGUCAAUCCCUGUAUUAGUUUCCUAGGGUUGCUAUAACAAAUUACUACAAAUUAUGUGGCUUAAAGCAACAGAAAUGUAUAAUGUUAUAGUUCUAAAGUUAGAAGUCCCAAACCAAGUUGUCAGUAGGGCCAUGCUCCCUCUAGGGGCUCUGGGGUAAGGGUCUGCUCACAUGGUGUUCUCUCUGUGCGUCUUGCUGUGUGUCCAGAUAUCUCCCUUUUUAUAAGAACACGAGUCAGUAUUGGAUUCAGAGCCUACUCUCAUCUUAUCUCUACCCUUUUUUCCAAAUAAGGUCACUCUGGAGUGACCUUCCAGCACCAAGAACCAAUUACCUAAUUUUCUGGACACCAACUGGGUGUCUAACUAUUCAGUUAAAUUCUGACACUACAUCAGAUUCCACAGAUUAAAGGGUUCAGUCUCAUAAGACUGCCUCCAUGUCAACUGCCAGGUUCUCAGUCAUCUGCACUGUGACCAAUGACUAUAAAUUGGGGUCCCUAUAAAACCCCUGCCCAGGUUCUAUGAACAUUUUAUUUCUAUUUCCUGGUUUAUUAUACUACAACGCAGGAAUAGCCAAAUAAAAGAGAUGUAUAGGGCAAGGUAUAGGAGCAGUGAGGCAUACCACCCUCCUGGCAAAGAGUGCACUCACUGUGCUGGCGGCUUUCCAGGGGUCCUUGGUAAGCGUUUUGUAGGUGUCAGUCUCCGAUAUCCCGACUCCCAGAAGUUGAGAAUGGGAGGUGGGAGUAGGGCUGAAAGUUCCUACCUUCUUACCACUUGGUUUUUCUAGUGACUAGUCCUAUUUUAAGACUAUCUAGGGAUCCUAUCCUAAGUUAUCUCAUUAGUUUUAACUCAGAUAUGAUUGAAAAGGGCUGAUUAUGAAUAGCAAAAGAUGCUUCUGUCACUAAAGAAAUUCCAUGAGUUUUAGGAGCUCUCUGCCAGUAACCCAGGAAAAAGACCAAAUACAUUUCUUUUUCUAUCACAGUUACAUUCUGAGUAAACGUAAGUAGUAUGGAGACACUCUUCUACCCAAUACAGUCACUAGAGCCUGUGAAUUCUUCCUUUAUAAUAUAUCUCGCAUUUUCCCCACCUCAUUUCUUUUUAUUCCUAUUGCUAACAUCUGAGCUCAGACUCUUCUCUACACAGUUCCUCUGUGUUCAUUUAGUCAGUUUACUCAACAUAUUUAUUGAUAACCUGCUGUAUGCUACAUAUUGUUUUAUUUGCAGAGAUAUACAAAUAAAGACUGUACUAAGGAGCUUAUAUGGUAGUGGAUGGGAGACAUGGGGUAAAGAAUCAAAUACAUGUCAGGUGAAGCUGUGUGCUAAGAGGAAAACUAGUGGGGAUAGAGGGUGGUGUUUUAUAUAGGUGAGCAGGGAAGGCUCUGAUAAGUAGCAUUGUGCAGAGACCUGGAGGAAAGAAGGGAGAGGUCAUCUUUUGUUUGUAGGGGAAGAAUUGUUCCAGAGGGAAUAGAAAGUAAAAGGUGGAGGCAGGAGUUGACUUGGUAUGUUGAAGGAAUACAAGAAGGGAGACCUGAUUAGCUGGAAUGGAGAGAAGUAGGAGGAGGCUAGGUCAUGUCGGGCUUUUUUUUGCGUUUUAUUCUGAAUAACAGGAACACACUAGAGAGUUUUGAAUUGAGAAAUGAUAUAAUCUGAAUUAGAUUUUAAGAGAAUUUCUGCCUGUUGUAUAGCAGGGUAAAGAGGACUCAGAAAGACCACUUUUGCAUAGUCCAGAUGAGAGCUGUAGAGAACUAGUAGUAGACUGAUGGUAAGAUUCUGGAUACGUUUUUAAACGUGGAGCUUACAGUGGUUAUAGGGUAUCAAGGAGAUAUAUCAAAGGUGACUGACAUGUUGGGCUUGAGUACCUGGUUAAAGUAGAAUCGCUGUUUACUGACAUGGGAAAGACCUUGGAAGGGGCAGAUUCAGGGGUAAAACAGAGAUGCCCCCUUUGGACACAUUAACUCUUUGAGAUGCCCACUAGACUUCCAAGUGGAGACAUUAAGCAUUCUGGUGAAUAUAUGAAUCAGAACUUCCAGGAAUAGGACUGGGCUGGAGAUAAAGAUUUGGGGCUCACCAAUGUGUAAAUGGUAUUGAAAGCAAUGGGACUAAUGAGGUCACCUAGAAAGUGAAGGAAGACCAAAAAGAACAGAUUUGAGGAUUGAGUUUUGAGGAAUUCCAAACUUUAGAAGUUGGGAAGUCAAGGCAGAGUGGCCGGUAUGAUAGGAAAAGAACCAAUAAAGUAUUGGAUGCCAAAUGAAGAAAAAUGCUUCAAGAAUAAUUAGCCAUGUGAAAUGACAUUCAUCAGAUCAGAUCAGAUCAGUUGCUCAGUCAUGUCCGACUCUUUGCAACCCCAUGGACUGCAGCACACCAGGCUUCUCUGUCUAUCACCAAUUCCCGGAGCCUACUCACACUCG